AUCCCCUAAUCUAUGCGAGGGUGGAAUGUCAAAGUGCGGAAAAACAGCAACAACAUCAGGAAAAUCUCAGUCGUGAGCAGCGGUAAAAACACGCAGUGAACGGUGAGCAAAACAGAUGCCAGACUGAGACGAGAUGAAUGAAUGAAAGAUUAAUCGGCCAUUUUCCCCAUCAACAACAAUCCUCCAGCAUCAAUCGGGGAAGUUUUCCGUGAAAAAUUUGUAGAACUCGGAGUCGUUUGCGGAAUUAAGUUGAAUAAAAACAUUCUGCUUGUGCAACUGAUUGGGAGCAAGGACUGAAACGUAAAUUGAAACCAAGAUUAUACAAGAAGUUAGUGGAUUCAUCAAUAAGAGACAAUGACAGCCGUCGACGAGAGAACGAUUUAUGCAAAACUGGAGGCAAUGAAGGAUAUCCGAUCGAAAACCCUUCAGCUAGAGAAGGUCAAGCUGAAAAUCAUACGCGAGGUGGAAAACGGCGAUGCGGAGGAAAAAUGUCUCUCGGAAUACCGCCGGGAACUGGAACUGCUGAUGCAGGAGAAGAUGAGUCACGUAGAGGAACUGCGCCAGAUUCAUGCCGACAUCAAUGCCAUGGAAACCGUCAUCAAGCAAGCGGAGGAGAAUCGAAUCCGCUCGAUCAAUAUGGCCAAUCGAUUCCACGAGGAGUACGUCCCGUUGAAAACAGAGGUGGACACGAUGCGUCGUGAAUACUUAGGCCUGGAACGGUUGCCCGAGCUGCAUGAAGAAGAGGGAUCGAUAAUCUCUCCAGAUCGCUUCCAAAACUACUACACUGGCAGUAAAGCGCUGACGGCACCAACGGCUGCUUUCGCUCGUCCGGCGCUUUCCGCACACCACCCAUUGCCUCCGGAUGGCCCCGUUACGGCUUUGCCUCCCUCGGCGCCUCCUGGUUUCCUAGCACCGCCUCCGGUGGCCAUGCGCAUCAAUAAACCACCAGAGCUGCCCACCAAUCGACUCCAACCGGCACCAUCAUCCAUCGGAAUCGGCCAUCCCACGUUCAGGUCUGAUUUCAAUGUCAAUCUGAGACAACAACCACCGCCGAUGAAGUCGUGUCUUUCAUGCCACCAGCAGAUCCAUCGUAAUGCGCCGAUUUGCCCACUGUGCAAGGCCAAAAGUCGUUCCCGGAAUCCGAAGAAACCGAAGAAGAAGGAGCACUGAGCGGAGACAAUCCCCGCGCCACGAUCUUGCCAGUGAACAGAAGAACCGUUGCAUUUCUAUUUAAUCACAUUUUUUUUUCUCGUCAAUACAGAACGGGUCGCAUUCUGGCCAAAAGCGGUCCUCCGUUCUGGAACUGAUUCCGUAUGCAGACGGUUUUAUGUAGGUACUUAACGAGUUUUUUUUUUAAUUGAAUGUUGAUUUUAACAUUUUUUUCACAUGUGACAUUAUAUUAUAUCCAUGCCAUUCAAUGCAUAACUAGUAUUAGCUAUAUUAUUUUAAAUUAUGAAGCACACUUUCUAGAGUUUAAGCAUAAGAAACAAAUAUAUAGUGGAGGACCGAUAUCCGUACAUCUCAUACAAAUACGGAGUUUGAUUAAUUUUCCAGGUGUAUGGAUUUCGGUUCCGUACGGUAAUCGACAAUUUUAGCAAGUACACAAUUGAUUGGAUGGUUAAAUGGAUGCCGUCUCCCGUGUAAUAAUUUUCAAUAAACGAUAAUCAAGAAUAUUCUAGCCUAUUAACAAAUAUGAAAA